UGAGAGCGACGCUUGCAGCUGAUGUACCUCUGGCUCAAAAAUGGAGAGCGACACCACUGUCAGAAGAAUAAAAGCCUUCGGGACACAGAAUUAUGUAGCGCAAGAUAACGACGGUUCCCGGGACCGGUGCGGGGAUAACGGCUACAGCGGGGACCCGAAGAGGAAGCCCGAAGUGAGCCUAUAUUUGCUGCGGGAAGGGCUGGCAGCUUCCCUGGUCUCUGUGUUUAUUUUGGUGCUGUGGGGACUUGUUCAUUUGUCGUUACAGCAGCUCGUCAUUGGAAAGCCAACCGGCGCGUUCAACGCAGUGAGAGCCAGACAGCACUUGGAACGGAUCACCAGCGUCGGCCCUCGUCCAGUGGGCAGCCCGGAGAAUGAAGUCCUGACAGUGGGCUACUUGUUGGAGCAGAUCGAGAACAUCCGGGUCGAGACCGCCGCGGGUCCCCAUCAGCUGACGGUAGAUGUGCAGCGUCCCACCGGCACUUUCUCCAUCGACUUUCUUGGAGGCUUCACCAGCUUCUAUGACCGUGUCACCAACAUUGCUGUCAGGCUGGAGCCCAAGAGUGGGACGCAGCAUCUUAUGCUAGCCAACUGCCACUUUGACACAGUAGCCAACAGUCCAGGUGCCAGCGAUGAUGCAGUGAGCUGUGCAGUGAUGCUGGAAGUUCUCCAUUCUCUGGCCAACCAGUCGACUCCUCUUCAUCAUGGAGUUAUCUUCCUCUUUAAUGGGGCAGAGGAAAAUAUCCUUCAGGCCAGUCACGGUUUCAUUACUCAGCAUCCGUGGGCCAAGCAGGUGCGAGCCUUCAUUAACUUGGAGGCUGCAGGUGUUGGGGGCAAGGAGGUUGUUUUCCAGACAGGUCCAGAGAACCCGUGGUUGGUCCAGGCCUACGUUCACGCAGCCAAACACCCCUUUGCCUCUGUGGUCGGCCAGGAGGUGUUUCAGAGUGGCAUCAUCCCCUCUGACACUGACUUCCGUAUCUACAGGGACUUUGGUAACAUCCCAGGAAUUGAUCUGGCUUUCAUUGAAAAUGGUUUCAUCUAUCACACCAAGUACGACACUCCUGACAGGAUCCUGACAGACUCGAUACAGAGAGCUGGUGACAACAUCCUGGCAGUCCUGAAGUACCUGGUAAUGUCAGAGAAGUUAGCCGAUUCCUCAGAGUACCGUCAUGGCAAUAUGGUGUUUUUUGACCUGCUGGGAGUAGUUGUGGUGGCUUAUCCAGCCCGUGUUGGCACCAUCCUCAACUACAUGGUCGCCACAGCCACCUUCCUUUAUCUGGCCAAGAAAGCCUCGCUGCCAGGCAAUGGAGGUGGAAGAUAUGUUCGAGAUCUGGCCUGUGCCACAGGUGUAGCAGUGCUGAGUUGGCUCGUCACGCUGCUGUCAGUGCUAAUUGUCGCUCUGCUCAUCACUUUGCUGGGCCGCUCCAUGUUCUGGUACAACCACUUCUACGCCUCCAUCUGCCUGUAUGGGGCAGCUGCUACUGGCAAGAUGAUCCUCAUUCACACACUGGCCAAGAACUUGUACUACGGAGGUGUCCGUUUGGUGGAGCUGGGCGAUCUCUACUUUGACGUGAGCUUGUUGCUGUGGUGCUGCAGCCUGGUGUGGCUGACCCACCAGGGCCUGUGUUCAGCCUAUGCGCCCAUGUUAAUGGUGGCCUUCCCUCUGGCCACCAGACUGCUGCUGGCGAAAGAAUUUAAACACAGAGGUGCAUCAGUGAAGUACUGUGUGCUCUAUCUGUUGGGCCUGGCAUUGCCUUACGUCCACUUCAUGUUCCUCAUCUGGGUGGUGUUUGAGAUUUUCACACCCAUCAUGGGUCGAAGCGGCACUGAGAUACCACCCGAGGUGGUUAUGGCCACCCUGGUCACACUGGCAACCAUCUUCCUCUCCUCCUUUUUUCUGCAUUUCAUUUACUUGGCACGAAGCACUAAGUGGAUCCUGGCUGGUCUGGGCUCAGUCUUCAUCGCUGUAUUCCUGUUGGUGUCCUGUGGCCUCCUGUUUCCUUAUUCAGGCAGUCCAGAGAGCCCACGGCCAAAAAGAGUCUUCCUGCAGCACACGACGCGGACCUUCCACAACCUCCAGGGGCAGGUGGAGAGCCGAGACUCAGGUCUGUGGAUCAACAGUUUUGACUUCACGGGCAUACAGCACGUCACACCCAUUAUUCCCGAGAUCAACGACAGCGUUCGCACCAGCUGUCGCGAGGAUCGGCCUUUCUGCGGUUACCCCUGGUUUCUGCCGGUGAAGUUCCUCAGCAAGAAGAACUGGUACCUUCCUGCUCCAGAAGUGUCUCCCAGUUCUCCUGUGGAGUUCAGCCUGCUGUCCAGAGAGGAGACCAACUGGGGAACAGUUAAAAUGACAUUCAACGUGAAAGGCCCCAGCCACAUGUCCUUAUAUCUGAUGCCUCACCGAGGAGCCAGCCUCGCCACAUGGUCUUUCGGUGACGGGACGCCUCAGUUCGACCUGAGCGGAGAAUAUUUUGUCUUCUAUUCCCACGGACUAGACGCCCCCACAUGGACCUUCUGGUUUGAAAUACAGCCUCCCAGGGACCCGGACCCAUCAGGCCCCGAGGGGAUGAUCUCUGUCGCCAUUUCCACUCACUAUUUCUUCGGAAAAGACAGGAGGACUGCUCAACUGGAGGAAAUCCUCCUCAGGUUUCCCACAUGGGCUUUUCCUUCAUCUUGGGUCAGUACCUACGACAUGUACCGUUACUGAGGACGCCACACAUCGCAGAGGCCGACGCCGAGGAGAGCUGAGGGUCGCAGGGGCCCCGGAGACGGACCGGAACGAUUUCAAGGAACAAUACUGGAGGACCAGCCCUGACGCCUUUUCUCUGACACAAACGCACACUCUAACACACACUCACGCUCCCUCCCAGCCUGCCUGAGAGACCCCCAUCACUGUGUCAGUAGGCUUUAGUAGCUAACCGAGCAGGAAGACGCGCUGAGAGACACCAGAGGUGAGCUGAGCAGACAGCUUAUAGACUGACUAACUCAACGACCGACGCACCGGCCGCCACAAGCCUCGUGCUCACUCCUGGGUUAGUGAAACAAAGGGGUUACGUUUCUUUCUUUUUUUUUUUUGUACUCAAAUCUGCCGUGCCUUUGCUUUAGUCAAUCCAUCUCACUCCUUUCCUCACUUUCCCUCUUGCUCACUUCCUCCCGUUCUUCCUCUCUCAUGCUUCCUGAAUGACUAACGUCGCAUGGCUGCUUCCCUUGCUCUCUCUUUAUCAGAAAACCACUCAAGCCAUUGCCGCACCACAUGUGUCUCUGGCUUCCUCUGCAGAAAUUACACCACCACUACCUGCAGGUGUAGUAACAUACUGACGGAUCUCUUUCAGAGGGGAAUCAACCAGGUUUUGGUUGACCACUCUUUUCUAACUUUGACUGGAAACUUUGACACUUUGAAAGUCGCUGUUCAUCAACACGCAUUUAUUUCUAUUCUGAGCAAAUAGUUUUUAUAUUAACUGUGAAAUUGCUCAUUAUCAUUCCUCAAUAACACCAUUGAUUUUCAACAAGUCGUACCCCUGUGUUUCAAGGAGGAAUGCCGACAAUCUGCUUUAAUUGUCAGAGAAUCUGGCAUGCAGAGGCAGAAAACUGUGCCUGUUAAGUGAAAACAGCUGGCUAAACUCAAAAUGUCAAUGUGUCCUUUAAAAGGAGUAGCUCACCUUAAGAUCUUGUGCAGAACGCUACAAUGAGGUCUCAAAGUUGUCAGCCUGAUAUGUUAAAAAAAGUGUAUUGACUUUGGGCUCUGUUAGACCACAGGAAAACAGAGACUUGUUGGAGUCUGAAUGACCUGUGAUUUAAAAUGAUCCCCCCCGAGCCUUGAAGGUGACCGGGUGGAAAACCAGCAAUGCAACUCCACAAUCAUUAACAGCAUCAGCUUGUUCUGUCUCACGUGGAAGUGUUGGUUAUUCACAUUUGCAGUUACUGUAAUAGUUUCAAACUUGACUUGCUCUGUGCUACAAGCUGUCUCCAGCAUCACCAAUGAAUGCUUAUACAUCAUCAACUAAUUAAUCUAAGAAAUAAUUGGAAAAUUGAUUGAUAUGGAAAAUAAUCAUUAGUUUGGACCCUAAAGGAAACUGUACACCAUGGCUGUAGAUGGAAAUGAGAUAAUUAAAAAAAAACUUUUUUUUUUAGAAGAAAUGCAGUUUUGUACUAAUCAGAUGGAACACAGAGACCAUGUGCACUCAGUUAAAUUAAAUUACCUGCUGAUUGUGCAGAAAAUGUCAGUCAGUCUGCAGGCAGGCAUGUAAUUCAACACAUAUGGAGAAUAAGUAUAGCAGCUAUGUCAUUAUUACGAAAUAAAUCGCCUUGUCAAGGUUUAAUUCGCAAUAAUGACAUAGAACAUUUCAUCAUUGUUUGGGGGGUGGGGAGUAAUAAAUCCUGGCAGGGUGAUUUAUAUAGCAAUAAUGACCUGCUUACUGUACAUUAUCCAGCUUAUUACAUGGCUACUUACUAAAUCAAUCAAUAAUGCUUUAGAUGGAAAUUAAUCCAUCAAUAAUGAACUGUAAGAAGGUACAUUUGUAAUUCUAUAAGAGGGCGAUAUUAACCAACCCUGCUCAUAUAAGCUUUUUUAGCUGAGAAACAUCCAGCUAUGUAUCGACUCACUGAGGAGUUACACUCGGCUAAACUGAUCAUUUACUGCAAUUUCUCCAACAAAUUAGCCUCAGAAUGUAUAAUUAUCCAUUGGUGCUGCUGUGGACCGUUCAUACCAGUAACUAAUUUAAUAUAUUUUACUCAUCUCAUGUGGAGCUGCAUCUACUUUUGUGUAAAGCCUAAGUAUCACAACCACAGUCCAGUUAAUAUGACCUGUUUUACAUGUGUACUUCACAUAGUCGACCUCGUAAAACGCCGUGUUACAAAUAGGGCCGGGUUACACUAGAAAAUAAGUGGUUUGUAUGACAUGCUGUCCACACUGGAAGGCGGUAUUGUUUAGAUAUGGGGAUUAAUGUCAGUCUCUCCUUGCACGUGGUUGCUCGGAAACUUAUAGAAAUGGUCGGACGCACAUCUAUUUGACCGUCUGACAACCCCUUUCUGACGGAGUAUUUACACUGGCCCCUUCAGUGUCACCACUACCUCCACAAUGAUCAAAACCUUGUGUCUGACACCAACAUAACAGCUAUUAAUGUUCUUGUAAAGACUGGUUUGAAUCUUACUGUUGGAAAGUUUAAUAGUUUAGCUAACUAAUGUUCGAGAGAGAUUAGAGAGUCUGGGCUACCUCCGUUACCUGCUCACAAAGUGGAGUGAUUCCAUUGUGUUUUGAUCGAUGAGUCGACUCUGUUUUCUGCGUUCAGUCCCACACUCUGAUAAAAUCUGUUAAAACACAAAUGUCACAUAGUUGCUUCUUGGCAGUUCGACUCCUCCUGUAUGUGAUCACAGGUUGGAAAGACUUGGGAAAUUAUUUGCACUUUGGUAGAUCAACUGAGCGAAAUCGUCUUUUUGUCCACUUCGUGUUACACCUGUUGGCGUGUCAAUGUGAUCCAUGUUGUCCGUUCGGCUUUGGUCACACAAAAUAUGAAAUGCUGACAUGAAGGAGGCCUUAACAUUUUGCUUCCAAAGACACACAAAAAGUUUACUGUCGUGGACACAAACAUCUCAGUGGUCUUAAAAAGCUAUCAGGUGCUGCACUGUACAGAGUUUUUAUGUACGUGAAUUGUCUGUCCAUCACAGCCUUUGACAGCACUCGGCAAGUAGAAAACAGAUCGUCCUUAUAUGCUCCUUUUAUGCAUGACGUGUAACGAGUCCUUAAAGUACUCUGACUCCACCUGCUGAGGAAGAUAAGAGUGUGAUAAAAUAGAAAGCUGCUGAGCAGGUGAGAUUGUUUUUGUUACAAGCCUGAUGAUUUUAUCAGCUGCCUGCAGUAUGAAGACUUGUUUGGCCCCUUCAAGAAGAAAAAUAUCAAACAUAUCAGACAUCUGCUGUUAUGAGUUUGACUUAUGGAAAGGAGAAGAAAUUGUAUGGUAAAAUAGUUGUCAACACCCUUGAGAUUUUAUACUUCUUCAGGGUUUUUUUGGUUAGUCUUAAAGGACCAUAACUGUUUUUUUUGGUAUGUUUUAGCCAUUUACCACAGAUCAUAUAUACUUCACAUUACCCUCCUGUAACUUUGACAAAGCAGCCAUGCUGUUCAUGUUAAAGGAUUUUUCAGAGACAAACAGCUGCCUGCUGGAAAAAUUCAUGUGAAACAGAUGGCUGUAAAGUAAAUGUGCCAAAACAUGGAGGAAAAACACCACUGUGGUCCUUUUUAAAGGGAUAGUUCAGAUUUUUAAAGGGAGGUUGUAUGAGGUACUCCUGCCUGCUUCUACUAUGGAUAACUACUUAAAAAAAAAACAAUUAAAAAAACCUGAACUAUUCCUUUAACUCUGAACAGCAGCAGAAACACAAACACACACACUAUACAUGUGUAGAUGUGUGUCAGUGCAGUGUGGUGGCGACACAGAUGCUGCUUUAAGUGACGGGAGAUGGUCUAAAUCUGUCUUGUUGAAAGUGUUUCUGUUGAUAUGCGUCUACGGGAGAAAAAGCUUUAUUAACAAGUGUAAAUGGAUAUUUUUCUAAAAAUCUAUCACAAAGUGGUGUAGUGUUUUGAUUUGUGUAAGAGUCUGAAGCAUGGAAACAAAAGAUGAACUUAAAAGUCGGAUUUUUUUUCCAAAUGUAUUCAGCUUGUUCCCAUUACCACCAACACGACAGUUUGUUAAAAGACCACCAGAGUUUCUAACUGACCAUUUGAAGUUGUGGCAGAAAUGUUUUGUUCAUAGAUAUAAGAAAUGGGAUACAGUUGAUGAAUAACAAGAGGUGUUUUUUAUAAAAGCAUGAACUGCUGUAAAUGUGGGACGGAGCAGGGAGAUGUCUGACUUAAACGCUGUGAAAACGCCGCUGGUGCUCCCACUGUUAGACUAAAGCGUGCACCGAGCGCUGCUAGAGAGCUUAUAAUAGGAACUCCUUUCAGAAUAAAGUGAAUUUAAAUAAUUUGCGACAGAAUCUAAUGUAUUAAUGUAACGCAGUUCAGACUGAGGGGCUGACCAAGCACUGCGUAGUGUGUUUUUUGUUGUUCAGUGUAAAACUCACACUCUGACGUAGCUUUAUCUUCACCUCAUGUAACAGUAAAGUCAAGGAAAACAUUCACACAAACGUUCAUAUCAACUAUAGAAAAAAAGCAGUUUAUGUGAAAUCUAUUCUGGGAUACACAUUAAAAUGUCUUAAUGCCUGUUGUUGAAGGAUGUCCUUUAUUUUUUAAAAGAUGUUUUAUCUGUUUUGUCAUAGAACUGUUUGUUUGUCUUGACUUUUCACCCAUGCCUAUUUCUCUAACUGUUCAGUUUUUGUUCUGAAAGUUAAAUUACGUUUUUUUUUGUUUUUUAAAUACUGAUGAUUUUGUUAAUUUUUGUGAUUGAUUUGACACUUUAGAUAACUCAUUGAACUUCUGUUUUUCUUUUUAAAGAAAUUGCAUAUUUGUCUGUCAGGUGGAAUUAAUUGAUAUGACUUUUGGGAUUAUUGGGAUUGAUCUGGUUACAGGGUAUCCAUCUACUGAAUGGACGGGAUGAUUUUACAUUAUGCAAAAAGCUUGAAUUAAAUUAGCACUUGUACAGCAAUUAAAAGGCUUAUUACGUU